CUAGCUGUGGAAAAUCCCUCAUUCGUUCGGAAGCUAACUAGUUGUUCGAAACUCGGUUGUAUUGGUGGUGCAAAAGGCAACUCACCAAAGUGCUGUUCUUCAAAGACGAUUCGAGCUUCGCCGUCGUCGGGGUGGUGAAUUUCGGUUGUGCUAUAAUCGAUAAAAUUGCUAGAAAAAGAUGUCAGCCUCAUGAGUGAAAAUUUUUGACAGACCAGUCGCUCGAGACAGUCGGCCAGUUCAGUGCAGUACGUCGUCGUGCGCUACAAUCUUCAACUCGUGUGCGAAUUGCGAAUCUGCUGGUUCUAGCAGAUAUCUGAAUUGUUGGUUGUUGGAUUGGUGGUUCAAUCUGGAAUUAGGUUUACCUUACGGGGAAAAUUACCUGGCUCCUCGGAGGUAGCCAUUUCCAGUCGUCAGUCGUCUGGUGGUAGAAGAAUGCUAGUUCGGUGAUUGUAAAGUGAUUGGUUGUGGAAUUUUUGGUGAAGAGUUGGUGCUUUGUUAAAGCUAGACGAAAAAGUGUGACCAACAACGAGGGGAGAAGAAUAUCAAGUGCUUUUUUUUCGCAUUGGGGAGGUGUGAAAACAACGUGUGGUUUCCUGUGAAUUUGUGUCGGUCGACCGAGGCUCUUGACUAAUGAGCUGAGGCGGCAAGGAUUUGAGUGGGGUAGACACCGACGAGUGCAGCCCGAUGUAGUUCCGUAACCAAAAGCGAUUUAAAAUUUCAUACACCAGGGAUAUCACAAAACCGGCACACUGCAUGCCGCUAUCCCUUGAGAUCAUACAAAUACCAGGUUUUGCACCAAUAUGGUUUUUGUGUGAUUGACAAGUGUUGAUAAAAGUGGCAGUAUUAUCAAUUGAAAAAAAAAAAAGACAGCGAUUAUCGUGGCGGAGCGUUUGGGCUUUGGGAUCAUUUUCCGAUUUUCGACAGACUGCGAAACGAGGAAAACCAAUUGCGUGUCACAUUCUGAGCUCGGAAGAUAACCUGACUGGAGUGAGGCGGUAGCAGCUAGCGAGGAUUCCGCAUCGAAUCGAUGAGCAAAUAAAUCCCAUCCAUCCAUUCGCACACACUCGCACACCCAGUCUGGCAAAUAGCUACAACACCAUUUGCCAGCACCGUAGCCAUCGUGCCAUGCACCAACUUCGUUCCUGUCCUGCUAUGUACGUCGUGUGUCACCGGUUCAUCAGGAGAUAGCAUAACCACAUUGGUAUUCAAAUAUUUCGCUGAUUAACAGCUCCUACAAUUACCGCCACCAUCAUCACGCAGCACCAGCACCAACCACUACUACUGCAGCAGUACUACAGUCACAAUUACUUCAGUUUGAUUUCCCGUACCAAGAUCACGAGAGCAAAACCUCCCUGACGUCCUCGUCAUCCGGUGUUACGCGGUAGCGGGGCUCGUGUGGUUGUCCCCCUGAAAACAGAAAUGCCCCUCGAAAAUAACAAAGAUCACCCACCUCCCGGUGAGGCAGCGGCUUCACCGGUUCCAUCGCAAAAAGACGUCCCGGAUCAAGCCAAUGGCUACCAGGAACUGUACAGCUCAAUGCGAAGCAACAAAUCCGCCAAGUCCAAAGUGUCGGGCAAUUCGCUUCGCUACGACCGGGGCCAGGAGAAACACCACCCCGAUGGAAUGUCCACGCUCGUCGAACUGCUGAACGAAACCUCGCAGGCCUCCAUUCAUGACAUCCUGAACGAUGGCGAAGAGGAUCAGAUGUUCAUCACCGGGUACGAAAUGUCCCGCUGGCGGACGUUCUUCUGCUACAUCGGAUAUUUUCUAACGCUUGGCAUCAUGCGGCUGGUGAUGCACUGGUGGCAGCACUGGCUGCUGCUGGUGACCCACCGGAAGUGUUCGCUGGAAGUGGCCCAGAAGGUGCUGGUCCACGAACGGUAUCAGGGCAAACACGAUGCCUUCUACGUAAAGAACGUAAUCACCAUGAAUUCCGAGCUAGUCAAAGAUGCCACCUCCAAUUCCAAGAGACGCUCGCCCAAUGCACAAAACAUUGUCAAAGAGCUGGCACAGAUUGGCAUUUUCGAUCAGAUGCAGUUCUUCAACCAGAGCACCCCGUUCCAGGUUGCCUACCAUCAGUCCGGCGGAAAGUUUGACCAUUUCAACGAGAUUCGAUUCUUCAGCUGCAAGAAACUGCGCUACAUCUGGAGCAAGGAAUCCAAGCGAUUCGUUAAGCUGACCGGUUUGGAUGUGCUCGUACCCAGCGUGAGCAUCCACCACAACAAGGGCCUGUCGGCUUACGAGCAGAGCAUCCGUCGGUUGGUCUACGGAACCAACGAGAUUCUGAUCCCACUAAAAGGCGUCGUCACGCUACUGUUCCUGGAAGUCCUGAACCCAUUCUACGUGUUUCAAAUUUUUUCCGUGUGCUUGUGGUUCGUCUACGAUUACUACUACUACGCUACGGUGAUUAUCCUGAUGAGCGGCUUCGGCAUUACGGCAUCCAUCAUCCAGACGCAGAAAAAUCAGAAGGCGCUGUACUCGACGGUCAAAAAUAGCGACACGGCCACGGUCGUUCGGGACGACUGCCAAUCGGAACAGAUUGAAACCAGGUUCCUGGUGCCGGGUGAUGUGGUGGAAAUUCCGGCAACCGGGUGUACGAUGCAGUGCGACGCCGUCUUGAUCUCGGGAAACUGUAUCCUGGACGAAUCGAUGCUGACGGGGGAGAGCGUUCCAGUUACGAAGACUCCGCUACCGUUGAAGCGAGAUUUGAACUACGACAAGAAGGAACAUGCCAGGCAUACGUUGUUCUGCGGAACGAAGGUCAUCCAAACUCGCUACAUCGGAAGCGAGAAGGUUCUGGUGAAGGUGAUCAACACCGGGAACAUUACGGCCAAGGGUGGAUUGAUCCGGUCGAUUCUGUACCCUCCUCCGGUGGAUUACAAGUUCGAGAAAGAUUCGUACAAAUUUAUCAUGGUGCUAGCUUUCGCUGCUGGGUGUGGUUUCCUAUACACUGUAGUCACUAAGAUCAUGCGAGGCGUGGGCGCUCUGAAGAUUGUGGUCGAGUCUUUGGAUUUGAUCACGAUUGCCGUUCCUCCAGCUCUGCCGGCAGCUAUGACCGUCGGUCGGAUGUACGCUCAGAAGCGAUUGCAGAAGAACAACAUCUACUGUGUAUCACCGCGAGCGAUCAACGUAUCCGGUAGUAUCGAUUGCGUUUGUUUUGAUAAGACGGGUACAUUGACCGAGGAUGGACUGGAUAUGUGGGGUGUUCUGCCGAAGGACUCCACCAAUAACUUCCAGAUUCCACUGACUCAAAUUACCCGACUUCCGAUGACGGAGCACUUGCUCGGCGGAAUGGUAACUUGUCACUCGAUCACCUUCGUCAACGGGGAAAUGCGAGGCGAUCCAUUGGAUCUGAAGAUCUUCGAAUCUACCGGAUGGAUUCUGGAGGAGGCAAACGUUUCCGAUGAAACCAAGUACGAUUUGCUGUUUCCGACGAUUGUGAAGCCUCCCCGAGGUGAUUCGAAGGAUGAUCUGAAUCUGGAACUGGACGUGGCAUAUGAUAAUUCCAACGAUAUCGGCAUUGUGCGGGAGUUUUCAUUUACCAGUGCUCUUCAGAGGAUGUCGGUGAUCACGAGGAAGCUGUCGGACAAUCACUUCAACGUGUACGUCAAGGGGUCACCCGAAAUGAUCAAUUCACUUUGCAAACCGGAGAGUAUCCCGGAGGAUUUUUCUUCGAAGCUUGGGUUCUACGCGCAGCAGGGCUAUCGGAUCAUUGCGAUCGCUUACAAGUCGUUGGAUAAGAAGAUGAACUACUCCAAGAUUCAGAAGGUGUCCCGCGAGAAGGUGGAAUGUGAUUUGGAGUUUUUGGGAUUUGUGAUAUUGGAGAAUCGGUUGAAGACGGAUACGGAGGAGGUGAUCGAGAGCUUGAAUGUGGCCAACAUCCGGUGCAUCAUGGUGACAGGGGAUAAUCUGCUGACGGCGGCAAGUGUGGCGCACGACUGCGGAAUGGUGAUGCCGGGGCAGAGUCUGGUGACGGUGACUGCUCAUGUGGAUAAGGCUAUUCCGAACAAGUACUUCCUCAGCUAUGAUAUAACGGGGCAACCGCAGCUGACCCAGUCGGACAUAAUCAACGACAACAAGGUUAGCGACGACAAGCGAAACGGUAACUAUACGCAGAUGACGCAGUCCAACAGUGUCAGCAGUUGCGAGACGGUCGAUACAUGCACGAUCUCGACACAACUGAGCGGAUUCGAAAAGGACGAGCACCGGAUUGCCAUCGAAGGUGAUAAUGGGAAGGAUGUUUCGGGCAGUGCGCAGGGGGGAUCGUUCCGGUUCGCAUUGACGGGAAAGACGUGGGCGAUUGUAAAGGAGCACUUCCCGGAGUUGGUACCGACGAUCAUAACUUUUGGAACGGUGUUUGCCCGAAUGUCCCCGGAUCAGAAGCAGCACUUGAUCUCGGAUCUGCAGAAUCUAGGCUACUAUGUAGCCAUGUGCGGUGAUGGAGCUAACGACUGUGGAGCGUUGAAGGCUGCGCAUACUGGCAUCUCACUGUCGGAAGCUGAAAGCUCUGUCGCUUCUCCGUUUACUUCGAAAAGCCCGACGAUUGCGUGCGUUCCCAAGGUGAUCAAGGAAGGACGAGCAGCAUUGGUUACAUCGUUUGGUAUCUUCAAGUACAUGGCAGCCUACUCGCUGGUGCAGUUUGCCUCGGUGCUGAUCCUCUACUCCAUCGAUUCCAACCUGACGGAUUUGGAGUUCCUGUAUAUAGAUCUCUUCAUCAUUUCCGUGACAGCGUUCUUCUUCGGUAAAACUUCGUCCUACGAUGGGCCGCUGGUGAAACAAGUCCCGUCAAACUCACUGAUAUCGCUUAGUCCACUGCUAUCGCUAGCACUGCAUCUGAUCGUAGCACUGGGCUUUCAGGUUGCCGGUUGGUAUCACAUCCACGCCCAACCGUGGUUCACUCCAUUCACCUACAGUGACGAGCUUGCACUGAACGAUCUCGGGUGCUACGAAAACUACGCCAUCUUCUGCAUAUCCUGCUACCAGUACAUCAUCCUGGCCAUAGUGUUCUCCAAGGGAGCUCCCUACCGCAGGUCAAUCUUCUCCAACUACGGUUUCCUGAUCAGUAUCAUCGUUAAUACUGGUAUCUCGCUCGUCCUGACUCUGUAUCCACCGGAGUGGCUCCAGAAUCUGUUCCAGCUAGUCAUCCCCGCGGAGGACAUGACCUUCCGAGCCUACUUAGUCGGGUACGGGGUGGCCAACUUCAUCAUCGCGCUGUUCAUCGAAAAGUUCAUCAUCGACGAGAUUGCGUUCAAGAAGCUACGCUACCGCUGGCACAACAUUGCCAAGUCCCGGCGCAAGUACUUACUGAUCGAGCACAACUUCCGCAAGGAGGUCCAGCAUCCGAGCGAUUUUAAAACCGUGCUCGGCUGGUCCAGCGAGAAGUACGAUUACUGACAUCACCUCCAGUGGGUGAUGAAGCUAGUGGCGAACAUGGUGACGAACGACCGGCAAGAGUGGCUCCUGGGCCUGCAGCAGAUCGAUCUUCGGUAGCGAUCGCUACGUCGUGUACUAGGGGAAUAGUGAAGACUGCCUACGUACUGCGCUGCGGAAUGCAGCUGCAAACUGCCAAGCGUAUAGGUUUUGUUUUUUUUAGGUUUUUUUGAAUGAAGCGAGUAGUUGCAUGCAUAGGAUUUUUUUUUUAAAGAAAUUAAGAGCUCAGAAUAUUUGUUUUCCGGUGAUUAGAGUUGUAAGUGCCAUAAUUGUAUUAUGUUUUCAUUAGGACCCAAGGACACGCCCAGGCAAAUAAAGUUUUCACUUGUGAUAGCAGAAUGUAGAUGGCAGUGACGAGUUGUGCGAGUUGAAUAAUGACGACGGAGAGAAAAUACAGGAAAUAUUGGCCGCACGCUGUGCAGAAUCGAAAUCAAAGGAAGACAAUAAUCAAAAUUUGUACAGAAAAGAAGUAACAGUGAUGCCUGUAAUUAGGGAUAAUUUCCAAGCCGGCUUUCGGAGUUCUUCUUCGCUUCUGCACGCGGAAAUUUGAUGCACAUCCGACAUGAAAGAGGGGAGAUUUUUCGGUACAAGGAAAUGGAACUUACCUUAAACUUCUGUGGGAUCAAGGAUCCCAGAACGAAAUAGCACUUAGGCAAAAUUUGACACGAUUUUAGCAUUUAAAUCCUAACGCAACUGAAACUGGUUGCACGGCAGUUAUUUCCACUGCUGCGCAACAUGAGUGUAACAUACUUUGGAUCUUCAUCACCACACGGUCCGAACUAAAAUGAGAAAAGGAAAAAGACAAUGACUUCACCAGAAAACCAAAGAACGUACCCCGCUGUGAAAAGCAUCAACGCUUCCUUGACUCAGGUUGUUUACAUUUGAAUCAAAGAAAUUUUGAUCUGCAAGUAAGUAAACCAAAACAAAAAACAGCACAAACUUUCAAAACUCACUUCCACUCAUACGCAGCAGUUGUUUGUUUCUAAUAAUAACGGUUACUACUUGCUGAUGACGUAGUCCUAACCUAAUUUAUUUGUCGAUAGAAUGGUAAUCAUGCAUGAGAAAAGGAGAGAAAAAGAGAGAAAGCAAGUGUAAACAAACUGAAAUUCGAAAAUCUCCCCGAUAGCUGUCAAAAUGUGUAAUUAUCAUAAACAAAAAAACAAAGCACUUUAUCCUUAAUACUACCGAUAGAAUACAUAUCUAUCGAUAAUUCUUAACCAAGGAAAGGAAAAAAAACAGUAAGAAGUGUUCCAAACAACUCUACUUUCGUAAAAACAUAAUCUUAAAUGAUAAACACUCGCAAAUUUUACAGCGAAUUUUGCGUAAAAAAAGAUUUGCAGUAUUCGUUUCAAAAGUGCGAAAAGGAAGAAAAACAUACACAAACAAACCGACACAUUCUCACUAUCUUUACUGUAUAAUCCGUAUAAUCAUCUUGACGAGUGAACAUUCAGAACGCUUUUCAUCUCGCAGUCAAAACCUAGGACACAAGUAGCAGCCCAUCUCGUUUGCCGGAAGAGAUAGGUAUAUGUAGGAUUAGCGAUUUCCAACGUAGAACAGAACGGAGAAAAAGAUAACAAUACAUCUCAUACACACACAUACACACACACACAUAAACACACACACACACACACACACACACGCGCGCGCGCGCGCCUAGCUUGAAUUAUACAACAGUACUAGUACGAUUAUAGUUUCUUGAAAUUUAGCAAAACAUUCACGGCAAAGCUCGGUGUUGGUCAGGAAUUUCAUUUAGUCAUGGCAUUCUUCAACGAAACCGGGAAUCGACUUAAGGAUUAUUUAUACGAAACACACACACACACACACACUUGCACACACAGACAUACACAGAACCACUACCAUGAACGAUUUAUGACCUCUGAUUUACAAACACUUUGUUAGAAAACUUCUUGAUUAUUUCGACUACUGUUGACAGUCGAUAGUCGUCGAAGGAAAACAACUUUAAAUAGCGGUAAUUCAUCAUUAAAAAUGAUAACUAUAUAAGGCACAUUGAAAGGUUACUCACAGAGAAAAAAAAAAAGCAAACAAACAAACAAACAGGACUCCUCCUCACUAGAUCAUGAAAUACAUGUGUUUGGUUUUUUGGACCGUUAAUGUAGCAAUUUUUUCACUUAAAUUGUAAUAAAUAAUAGUAAUUUAUUACUGCAGGAAAAAAAAAUAAUACUGUAAAGAAAUGUGCAACUGCUUCAAAUUGAGUGCUGAUUUGGCAGGUUGGGUCGUAAACAGUGCAUAUAUAAAAGUAUACAAUCUCACUCAGCAGCAAGUUCACGCCAUUGAAAGUGUAAUAGGUUCAAAGAUUGGAAACAGAUAAAUACAAGGAAAGCAAGAAACUAAACUAAAAACUGUGUACAUAUACCGGGAUAUAUUUUACAACAACAAAUAAAGGUUAUUAUAUCACGA